CCUUGUACGGAGGGGUGGGAAGAAGAGGAAAGAGGGGAAGGAUUGAUAAGUGAGGGAGAGGAAUUCGAUUUCUUCUCCCUGGCCUCCUCCCUCUCUCUCUCCCUCCUACCUUCUGCCAGGGGCACAAAAAAAGCUCCAAUCUUUGUUGGGGCGGGAUCUGUUUGAUCUCGAUUAUCGAUAAUAAUAAUAAAAAAUUGUGCUUUUCUAUGAUGGAAUUCAGGGAGGGGGCGGCGGAGGAGAAAGCAUUCUCCGGGGUGGGGUUCCGCUUCCUGACGAGGCGGAAACAGGUAGACUCUAAUCGGACUGGCGGAGGACACCAGCUCGCCAAGGCGUUGUCGGUUCCGCAGCUUGUGGUCAUAGGUGUUGGCACGACUAUAGGUGCUGGAGUCUAUGUUCUUGUUGGCACUGCUGCCAGAGAGCAUUCAGGACCAGCUCUCACCAUCUCCUUUCUGAUUGCUGGGAUAGCAGCUGCUCUUUCAGCUUUCUGCUACGCGGAGCUUUCAAGUCGUUGCCCUUCUGCAGGAAGCGCCUACCAUUAUUCAUACAUUUGUGUUGGAGAAGGGGUUGCUUGGAUUGUUGGCUGGGCUUUAAUUCUUGAGUAUACCAUUGGCGGAGCAGCUGUUGCUCGUGGCAUAUCUCCAAACUUGGCGUUAGUUUUUGGAGGAAAAGAUAGUCUGCCUUCAUUUUUGGCACGUGUUCAGAUACCAGGCACCGAUAUUGUGGUUGACCCCUGUGCCGCUUCUCUAGUGCUGAUUGUGACUAUAUUACUAUGCUUAGGAAUAAAGGAGAGCACAUUUGUACAAGGAAUUGUCACUACUCUAAACGUCUGCGUCCUGUUAUUUGUCAUCAUUGCUGGUGGAUAUAUCUGCUUCCAGACUGGAUGGGUUGGAUAUAGUGUAACUGGCGGGUAUUUCCCUUAUGGUGUAAAUGGAGUGCUUGCUGGUUCAGCAACUGUCUUCUUUGCAUUCAUAGGAUUUGAUUCUGUUGCCAGCACUGCUGAGGAGGUUAAGAAUCCUCAAAGAGACUUGCCUUUAGGUAUAGCGGCUGCUUUGACCAUAUGUUGUUCCUUGUAUAUGAUGGUCUCCAUGGUUGUAGUUGGCUUGGUUCCAUAUUUUGCUUUGGACCCUGACACUCCAAUAUCAUCUGCAUUUGCGAGGAACGAUGUUCACUGGGCAGUGUACAUAAUCACAUCGGGUGCUUGUCUCGCACUUUGCUCAGCUUUGAUGGGUUCAAUGCUCCCACAGCCUAGAAUACUAAUGGCAAUGUCUAGAGAUGGAUUGUUGCCAUCAUUUUUCUCUGAUGUUAAUGAGCACACAAAAGUACCGGUGAAGAGCACGAUUGUAACCGGGGUCUUCGCGUCAUCCCUAACAUUCUUUAUGGAUGUUUCACAAUUAGCUGGAAUGGUCAGUGUUGGCACACUUCUCGCAUUCACCAUAGUUGCCGUUUCAAUCUUGAUACUGAGAUAUGUUCCUCCAAGCGAGGUUCCUCUGCCGUCUUCUUUCCAGGAAUCGAUCGAUUCAGUUUCAUUUCGCAAUAAUUCUCAAAAUAAUGAGGAAAAGGCCGCUUCUUCUGAAAUUACCUGCAGUAAACAUGACCAAGAAGAUGAUGACAUAUCUGAAGCUAUCUCUAAGGAAUCAUUUGAUUAUCCUCUGAUCGUGAAGGAAACUAGUAAAGAGAAUUUGAACGAAGAAGCUCGGCGGCAGAAAGCAGCUUGGAGCAUAGCAUUUGUAUGUGCCGGAGUGCUUAUCCUCACUAUAUCAGCUUCUUACUCAUUCUUGCCUGAUAGUUUCCUACGCUACACUGCAUGCUCAGCUGGUGGCUUGCUUCUUCUGGCUGGUUUGUUUGUGCUUUACUGGAUUGGCCAAGACAAUGCUCGCCACAGCUUUGGGCACGCCGGAGGUUUCAUUUGCCCCUUUGUACCGUUCCUUCCCGUUUGUUGCAUCCUCGUUAACACAUAUCUACUGGUAAAUCUCAGUGCUGGCACAUGGCUCCGUGUUUCGGUGUGGCUGCUGUUGGGGAUUGUCGUGUACUUGUUCUACGGGCGAACCCGGAGCUCACUGACCGGUGUUAUUUACGUGCCCGGGGCACAUGUGGAUGAAAUAUUCAAAGCCUCAGAGUUCGUAGCAUAGUGUAGGAAAAUCACAACCAUGUUCUUAUGAAAGAAGAGGAGCUGUAACAUAUAUAGUUGUUGCUACCUCCUAAACCAGUGCAAAUGGUUUGUUAAACAAAAACAGAGAAGAAAGAUAAUUUUUAUAUACAUUUUUAGAUUGACUUUUUCUAUUUUUGAUAUAUUUUUUAACAAUUUAACAUAUUAUGGCUACUUUUGGUUGGAUGUAGUGUAAUCGACCUUGUAAUGUAAUCAAAUUUGUAAUGUAAUGUAAUGUAAUCUUGAUUAUAUUACUAUGUUUGGUAAUAUAAUCAAUAAUGCAUGUAACCUUUGAUUACAAGAGUGAUUAUAUUUUUUUAUUGUUGUUUGGUAUC